GGCUGGAAAGGGAAGUGGGGAAGGAGAAGAGGAGGAGGAGGAAGGGGGAGGAUAGAAAGACAGAGUGGGGAGAGAGAGAGAGAGAGAGGAGAACGAGUUGCUUUGCACCAGUUGUAAAGAUUUGAAUCCCAGUUCCGAGCUCUCGGCGAGGGUUUGCCGGGAUACCUCAUUCCCUGUCCUGUGCAAAGGUCUGUGAUUGGGGAUGUGGUGUGCUCAGCGGGCAGGGCCCCUCCCCUGGGCUGGAUCCGCCUCUCUUAUCCCCCAGAUAAAUUACUAGUGUCCUCACUAAAUUCCUCAGCUUUCUCUCUCUCUCUCCCCUCUCCCUCUCUCACACACGCUCACUCCCUCCCUCAAACACAGGAAAAGCGGGGUUGGGGGGCGGGAGGGCGGGGAAGGACUGGAUACCCCCUCUCUGGACUGGUAUCGCGCCGUAGUGCUGGGGUGGGGGGGGGAGGGAAGGGGAGGAAAAUACUGGUGCCCCUUCUCUCCUCCGCCGCCUUGAAGUAGAUUUUGAGGAGCUGCCCUUCCUUCCCCCCUCCUCCCCCCCCUUCCCGCUGGUCCUUUGGCAUCUUCCAGACCAUGUCCACCGGGUCCCUCAGUGAUGUGGAAGAUCUGCAGGAGGUGGAGAUGCUGGAGUGCGAUGGCCUGAAAAUGGAUACUAACAAAGAGUUUGGGGCGUCCAACGAGAGCAACGAGGAGGGAUCCAAUGGCGAGAAUGGCUCCCCUCAGAAGGGGAGAGGGGCCUCGGGCAAGAGGAAAAAAGCUCCCCCCAAGAAGAGCCCUUUAAAUGGAGUGAGCCAGGAGGGAAAGCAGGUCCAGAGAAACGCUGCCAACGCCAGGGAGAGGGCGAGGAUGAGGGUCCUUAGCAAAGCCUUCUCCAGGCUUAAGACCACCCUGCCCUGGGUGCCCCCAGACACCAAGCUUUCCAAACUGGACACCUUGAGGUUGGCCUCCAGCUACAUCGCUCACCUGAGGCAGAUCCUGGCCAACGACAAGUACGAAAACGGCUACAUCCACCCAGUCAACCUGACUUGGCCUUUUAUGGUAGCCGGCAAACCCGAGAGUGACCUGAAAGAAGUGGUGAACACAAACCGCUUGUGCGGCCCGACGGCAUCCUGAGCCCCGGCGGCCGGGCCACCAGAGCCUUCCCCCCCGGGGCGGGGGGCGACCGGGCGACGGGGACGGGCAAGGGGACAUCGCCACGGCCCCACCGCUGCCCGUUCCCCCCCCCACAAACCUCCAACCCCCCCGGGCCCCGGGCAGAGCGACGGGGAGAGAGCCCUUCUCCCUGGGGCGGAGGAGCCCCAAACGUGCCCUUUGCAAAGACUCCAACCCCGAGAGAUCCCGACUUUUUAUUUAACUUUAUUAAAAGUGCGUGUACAGUCGAGUGUCCCGCAACAAGAGCCUUGCUGGUUCAAGAGCUACUAGAGAAAGAAAAAACCAAAAAAAGACAGAGAUCAAACAAAACCUACCACGCGUGUAUCUUUUGUCUGAGACCUGUGAAAUAUGUAGAUGCCUAGAAAAAAAAAAAAACAAACAAAAAAAACCCAAAAAACUGACUUUGACAGUCAUCUCUAUGAAGUAAUUCACCCUAAAGAUAUAUAGAUAUAUUUUCUUCGAAGCAGGUUCUGCUCUUAUUUUCUGUGAAUAAAACCUUCCUUUCCACUGAA